AAAGCAUUUGCAGCGUCUGCAUCCUCUCCAUCGCGUCCCCUGCGCGGCCGCCUCUCAUGGUCUGGUCCUGGCACCCUAUUUAAUUCUCCCUGCUGCUGCAUCAUAUCUUGCUUUGAUACUAGUUCAGCUGUUAUCCUAAUAGGGGAGAACCCCUUCUCUCCGUCCCUGUUUGCUCUACAGCCUGCUUGGAAUUAUCGUACUUCCUCCUUUAUUUAUUUAUUAUUAUUUUUAUUCAUUUGUUUAUAAAUACAUUUUGUGUCUUAAAGGGGAGCCGAAAGAUCCUUCCCUCCCACCUCCCUUCCCUUUUCCCCUCUGUAAUCUCACCCUUCUGGCUCAGAAGAAAAUAAACCGAGAUACUGUAUCAUUAAGAAGGAUAAAAUAGGGAGGAAUUGUGUUACAAGCACCAUGCAUCUUGCGGUGGUCGUGUUCCUGUCCUUCUCGGCUUUUACCGGCGCAAAAAUUCACAUCCAUGACCCGAGCCAGCCGGUCACAUCAGAUGAGAUCGUCCCCACAGGAGGAAAACUAAUCUUGAAGUGCACGGUUGAAGACCAUGACCAUUCUUCUCUCCAAUGGUCCAACCCAGCUCAGCAAACGCUCUAUUUUGGGGAGAAGAGAGCUCUUCGGGACAACAGAAUCCAGUUGGAACGUUCUACACACAACGAGCUUACAAUCAGUAUUGGCAACGUGACGUUAUCUGAUGAAGGUGACUACACCUGCUCCAUCUUCACCAUGCCCGUCAGGACUGCCAAAGCCACAGUCACGGUUCUAGGGGUGCCAGAGAAGCCCCAGAUAUUUGAUUAUGAUAUCCCACUUAAUGAAAACGACAAUGCCAUAUUAAAAUGCACAACCAGCGGGAGCAAGCCUGCCGCCAACAUCAGAUGGUACAAAGGCCCGGAGGAACUGACAGGAGCGAAGAUCAGCACGUCAGAAGACACCAAUGGUAAAACGUUUACAGUGACGAGUAUCAUUGAGUUCAAGGUAACCCGGGAGGAUGAUGGAGCCGAGAUCACCUGCAGCGUCAGCCUCGACUCCAUGCAAGGAACGGAUAAAUCCUCCACCCACAAGAUCAAAGUCCUGUACAGACCCACUGCAAGGAUCGAGUCCCGGCCACAAAUGCCGAGGGAAGGAGAUAAGCUGCAGUUGCAAUGUGAUGCCUACGGCAAUCCAGAGCCUGAAAUUUUCAUUUGGGAGCGGGAAAACGGAGACCUCCCUCCGUCCGCAGCCUACGAUGGAAGCACCUUGGUGUUUACCAAGCUAAACAAAACUGACAGCGGAACUUACAUCUGCAAAGUGUCCAACCGCUUGGGGACUUACAGCACCCAGUACAAGCUGGACGUAAACGACCCUAGUCCAAUCCCCUCCACAUCAAGCAUUGACCAUGCCGUUAUCGGAGGAGUUGUUGCUGUGAUCGCCUUCAUCCUGUUCUGUCUGCUAAUUGUUCUUGGACGCUACCUGAUCAGACACAAAGGUACUUACCUUACCCACGAGGCAAAGGGAUCAGAUGACGCGCCAGAUGCCGACACGGCCAUUAUCAACGCAGAAGGUGGACAAGGAGGGUCCGACGACAAGAAAGAAUAUUUCAUAUAAGCUCCUGAUAACUUCUCAACGGCAACAAGGUCAACACAUUAUACCAACAGCGCUGGCAGACCGGAAACUUAAACCAACCUUCGACAAAUCUGAUACACGCAGACUCCUCUCUCUAAACGAGACCGCGACGGAAACACGGAACGAGAGAGAGACAGUGAAUGCAGAAAUCAUGCUUCUUAAAUGAACUUGUAUAAAAGUUAUUACUAAAAACGUUUAAAAAGUUAAAAAAAAAAUUGCUUGCUUAAAUCUACAUAUCUUCAGUGAACGCACUAAUCUAACAAACAUAAUAAUCGUGAGUUAAGACAUUUUUUUGUUUCUUUCCUUCUGAAAUGUGUAGAAAGUUUUAUGUUUUUAUAAUUUACGUUGGAAUGUUGGGCGGGUCGGCCGGGGGGGGCGCGGGGUGAGAGGGUAUUUAAAUCUGUUGAUUGUUCUGUUUGCCGGGUAAAUAAAGCAGGUAGGUUAGACUUUUA